UCCCAAUGUCGUCUUCACCAUCUUCCGUGGAAAAGAAACACCAAUCUCCAGUUGAUGGAAGAAUAAUCACUAUUCUGAGCAUCGAUGGAGGCGGCAUUCGCGGCAUCAUCCCUGCCAAGAUGCUUGAGUUCCUCGAAUCCGAACUCCAGAAAUUGGACGGCGAAGAUGCUAGAAUUGCAGACUACUUUGAUGUAAUCGCGGGGACGAGCACCGGAGGGCUCGUGACGGCCAUGUUGACCGCUCCCGAUGCUAACAAUCGCCCUAUCUAUGCAGCUAAAGAUAUUGUUCCCUUUUAUGUACAACAUGGGCCUAAGAUUUUCCCAAAGAGAUGUGGAUUGCUUGGAUUGAUGGCUGCAUUAUUAGGUCCCAAAUACAAUGGCAAGUAUUUGAAAGAUCUCAUAAGGAAGUCUUUAGGGCAGACUCGUUUGCGUCACACCUUGACCAAUGUUGUUGUCCCAUCAUUCGAUAUCAAGCAUAUGCAACCCACCAUCUUCUCCUCCUACGAGGUGAAGAAUCUGGGGUACAAGGACGUGCUACUGUCCGACAUAUGCAUCGCCACCUCUGCUGCACCCACUUAUUUUCCGCCCCAUAGUUUCACAAACGCCGAUGGUUCCGGCCGCUCUUGGGAUUUCAAUCUCAUCGACGGUGGUGUCGCUGCCAACAACCCGACGUUGGUGGCAGUAAGAGAAGUGACAAAAGAAGUGGUGAGCAGAAGCGAAGAUUUCUUCCCGAUUCAGACUCUGGAAUGCGCAAAGCUGCUGGUGAUAUCGCUGGGCACGGGCUCUGCGAAGCAGGAGGAGAAAUACACAGCGGAAAUGGCGUCGAAAUGGGGCGUGAUGAGCUGGCUGCUUCAUGGAAAUUCCACACCAAUAAUCGAUGUCUACAGCCAAGCCAGCACAGAUGUGGUCGAUUAUUUCUUAUCAGUUAUAUUUCAGGCUCAGACCUCUCAACAGAACUAUCUCCGCAUUCAGGCUGAAAAUUUAACCGGAGAUAGCUCGUCGGUGGACGUCACGACGGAUGAGAAUCUGAAUGAUCUGGUCAAAAUCGGGGAAUAUUUGUUGCGGUCUCCUUUAUCAAGUGUUAAUCUGCAAACAGGGAUUUUUGAGCCUGUUGUUGCUGGUGGAGGCACAAAUAAGGACGCUUUGACUAAAUUUGCAAAAAUGCUCUCUGAUGAACAGAAAUUCCGGCAGUCAAAAUCACAGCACAGGAACUAGAAGGGACCUCGUAAUUACUAUGUAUUCAAAUAGUCUUAGUGUGCAAAUUGGGAGUUUAAACUAUUUUGCUAUGGGUUUAUUUAGUUUUUUUAAGACGCUUAUAUCCGAAUAAAAUGUAUUUUUACUGAUGCUAUAAAAAUAAUGUCGGGUUCUCUUCUUA